CCACUGUUGACCAAGGAAUGCGCCUCGUCAUCACAAGUUCCCCCUGGGGGUAAAGAGAAGGAGGAGGAGGAAAGGGGAGGAGGGGUGUUCUCAGCUGGGACUUUCCUUGCUGCCCUCCAGAAACAGUUUAACAACAGGGCACCGUGCCAGAUACCGCCGUGCCGCCGCCACGGAGGAGGCAUGCGGACCUGCGCGCGGUGGUGGGGCCGCGGUGGUCUUCCCCUCCGCUGGAGAAUUCUACUUCUUACAGUCCCACCAUUUCUCCUCGCGCUUCAGCUUCUCGUCGUUGGUCCACGGUUACCUCGAGCCGCGCGGCUGGGGGUGGAGGAGCAGGAGGGCGCAGUAGCCUUUUCCGUUAUUAGCAUCGAACCGGUGAGGGACUCACGCCAACGAGGAUCCCCGUCCGCCCGGCCACCGGGUCUGGAGGAAGAGGAGGAGGAGGAGGAGGAGGAGGUAGAAGUGGAUGAUGGGGAAAGAAAGGAGGGGGCACGAGCCUAUGAGGAUGAAAACGAGAUGCUCUCACGCCAGGUGGGGCCAAGAACAUUGGAGGUGCAGCCAUGGGUUGCAGACGAGCCAUCUUUCACAGCUGAACUCGAUCGGAUCAUCACGUAUAUCUCAAGGCCUCAGCUCAACUGCUCCAGGGUUUUGUCUCCCGGUCACACUCAGGCAUCACAACACCCUGUAGAUUCCCCUCGCUGGCUGCUGUGUGCUGAGGACUGGCUCCUUCCCACACAUGAUUCUCUGUGUGUUGCUUACUCCUUUAGUAUGGAUGGGGGAGACGCAGAGUUUCUAAAGACCAUGUCAGGGCUGGGAUGUGAAGUCCACAGUUUUGAUCCCAGCAACUCCAACGCAUCUGGCCGUCACCUUGGAAACAGUUUGGCGAGUAACCAUGGGGAUGGAGGCGGAGUAAGCCAGCACAAGAUGUGGCUGGAGUGGCGAGCGCCAAGGAAGCACAAGCACAAGACAAGAGGCAGCCUGAGUAGUGUUUCCCAAAAACUGGCAGACAUCAUGGCAGCUCUGGGACAUCACACAGUUCACUUUCUAUAUGCUGAUCUGCUCAGUGCUGAGUGGAGAGUUUUCCAGAACUGGAUCGAGUCAGGAACUCUGCAGAGUGUCCAUCAUCUGGUUGCAACAGUGCACCUGCAAUGGGCAGGUUUUGAGGUGGGCGGGACCAACGAGGAGGUGCUACGCUAUUGGUUCAGCAUCCUUCAGGGUCUCAGAGCCUCUGGACUCAAGCUGAUCCACAGCGCUGCAGGAGAGGGUCACAGCGUCCUAAAACAGACAGUAGCAAAUGCUCACAGCUCCUACACGCUCAGCUGGGUCAACACAAGACACUGACACUCACACAUGAAUGUACACAGGUGUACAUACAUGACCAGACAUUCAGGAUUGCCUCAAAAACAAGAAGCAGAAGGUCUCACCUGAAAUAGUUGCUGAAGUUAAACUUUUCUUAGAAUGAACAUUUUUAUUUGGUAUUUUGAGGCACACAGAGUUUUUAAGAUGACAUUUCCCUCUAGUGGAGAUGAAAGGAUCUGCUCAUUUAUUUAUUUUUUAUAAUUUCAGCAAGUAAUAAGGUAUAAUAAUAUUCCGUUUCAUUUCUUAAAACAUAACAAAUAGCACAUAUAUAAAUAUAUAUAUACACAUAUAUAUAUAUAUAUGUAUAUAUACUGUAUAUAUAUGUAUUUGUGUAAGAGCUACCAUUAUAUGGUAUAGUGUACCCCUUUCUAAUUAAUUUGAUCCAGCUGCUGUUUUAAUGCAGAUUCAGCAGAUUAUUUUGUCUGGUAUCUGUACAUCUCUGUUGGCCUUAAAAUACUUAUUUGCAUUGAUGAGAAGCUUACACUUUUGUUCUACUGUAAAACAGAGAGAGACACAAUAAAACCAUAUAAACCAAAGCACAAUAACAUACUAAAUA